AUGGAGACGAAGCGGAUUCUGCUGAUGCUAGCCUUGAUGCUUCAGUCUCUGACACAAGCAGUUGGUAAGAACAUGUUGGUUCCCUCCCCAGGUAAGAACAUCUUCUGCUACUACAGCAGCUUCUCGCAGACACGUCACGGCCUGGGCAAGUUUGUCCCCGAGAACAUCAACCCCCACCUCUGUACCCACGUGAUCUUCGCUUUUGUUGACGUCACAUCCGAUGGGCGUGGCUUACGACCAUUCAACAGGAACGACCAGGGACCAAAAGGUCUAUACGCCCGGACCCUGGCCCUCAAAGAAAAAAACCCGACCCUCAAGGUGCUGCUGGCCGUGGGGGGAUGGCAGAUCGGCUCCAAACCUUUCGUGCCGCUGGUCAAGGACGAGACGACACGUGACACGUGGGUCAAAAACGUCGUCAGGUAUUUGAGAAGCCACGGGUUUGACGGUAUUGACAUCGACUGGCAGUUUCCCGCCACUAGAGGGAGCCCAGCAGACGAUAAACAAAAGUUCACACUUCUGCUGAAGGGACUUUACGAAGCUUUUAAGAAGGACGCCAAAGAAACGGGAAAAGAAAAACUUUUGUUGACCAUAGCAACGGCAUCCGGAACGUAUUAUAUAGAGCAGAGUUACGAGCCUUACAAGAUUAUACACUACAUCGACUUCAUGCUGCUGAUGACCUACAACUACCACGGUCAGUGGGAGAAGGUCACAGGUCACCACAGUGGACUGUACCCCCACCGAGAUGACCCCAAAACGGGCGAGAAGUCCCAGCUAUACCAGGAGUGGUCGAUCAACUUCUGGCUGGGGACGGGCCUGCCCAAGGAGCGGCUGAUCGUGGGGGUGCCGACCUACGGCAUGAGCUACACCUUGGCCAACGCCUCACACCACGGCUUGCACGCUCCGGCUGUCGGAGCUGGGAAAAUGGGAGCUUUUACUAAGGAGUCGGGGAUUCUGUCGUACUACGAGAUUUGUUCCAGCCUCCAACACAAGAACUGGCGUGAGGAAUGGGUCGAUGACCAGGUGGUGCCGUAUGCAUACAGCGGCGAUCAGUGGGUGGGGUUUGAGAACCGGAAGAGCGUGGCCUUCAAGGCCGCUAAUAUCAUGAAGCGAGAAUUGGGCGGGGCCUUUGUUUGGUCCGUCGAGAUGGACGACUUCCGGGGCAUCUGCGGUCAAGGACAGUACCCGCUGUUGUCAACACUGGUCGAUGCUUUGGGGCGUGGUGUUGUGUCACGCCCUGCCGCUAAAGAACGUAUCACUUCUGUUACCAAGCCCCGCCCAGAAAGUACCACUUCAGCAGCAACACUCCGCCUAGACAGCUCUACCCCAGCCGCUAAGCACCGCCCAGAAAGUGUUACUCCAUCAAAUAAGCCCCGCCAAGAAAGCUCCAUCCCGGCUCCUAAGCCCCGCUCACAAAGUGUCACUCCAACAACUAAGCCCCGCCCAGAAAGUGCCAUUCCAACAACAAAGCCCCGCCCAGAAAGUGCCAUUCCACAAACAAAGCCCCGCCCAAACACCCCCACCCCGUCCAGCAAGCCCCGCCUACAGACCUUGACACCAGCAAUGAGACAAGACGUCUGCAGAAAAUUGGGGGUCGGCACCUUCUCUGACCCCUUGUCGUGUAACCACUUCAUCAUGUGUUUACCUGGCCCCUGGAAGAAGAAACCCCAUCACGUGAUGGCCUGUCCGGGUGGGACCCUGUUUGACCCCCGCCUCAAGAUCUGCAACUACAGGCACGCGGUGGCGUGCGCACACUGA